AUGCCCGUGGAGCCCCCAUCUCUAUCCACGGACUCUGCCCAUUCAAUGCCGAUGAUCGAGGCACCAGGGCCCGAUAAUUCGGAAUCGGCAUCGUAUGCGAAUGACAUAAGGCACCAGAUCUGCAAGAACUGCACCGCAAGGGUAAAGGGACCGAUGCACCGAGGCAGAGCCGCCGAUCCUCUCUAUCUUGGUCAGAUCACGCACGCGAUUUGGUAUCCACUGCAUCAGAAGCAAAAUGCCUUCAAUGACUUGGCUAUGCAGGAAGCAAUGCUUUCCGACUGGCAGAUGGACGAGCGCGGCGUAACAUAA